CAUAACUGUUGUUAUUAUUAGGAAUGGCUUCGUUUUCUUUUCGUUUAACUGCAUUUCCGUGUGAAGAAGCUUUCAAGGAGAGUAGGUUUCUUCCUGAUAAAAAUAAUGUUCGAUCAUCUUGGUUAUAUGGUAAUACUGGCGCAAUUGAUGAGCCAACACCAUUUUACAACUCCACAGUAUUAGCUGAUAUACUUCUUGUUAAAUUAAAUGAUUAUGUAAAAAGUAAUUUGUCAGCACAAAGUUUAAAAGAUGCAGUAAUUUUGUUAAAGACAUGGGCUUUCACUAGAGAACUCAUGUGUGGUUAUGGUAGACUGAAUGGCUUUAUUUUGUCAUCAUUUAUUGUUUCUAUGCUACAAAAUAAACGAAUAUCUUCGUAUAUGAGCAGCUAUGAAAUAUUCAAGUAUGCCAUCCUUGAUUUAAGUUCAAAUUCAAUACCACGCAACAUGUUUAAAGAUGUUACAGGUUAUGAUGUCCUUUAUUCCGUUAGUGAAGAAACUCUGCAAAUGCUGAGACAUGAAGCGAAACUGGCAUUAGCAAUGUUGAAUAGUACUUCUUUAGACACUUUUACUUAUUUAUUCUUAAAGAAAAUUACAUUUGUUGAGAAGUUCGAAUAUCUCUUACAUUUGAAGGAUUUUAAACUAGACUCUCUACCAGAUAUGUGCAAAAAAAUUAAGGAAGGCCUUGGGGAUAGGAUAUUGUUGAUGGAUGUUGCUAAAAGUCCUUUUAUAUCUUGGCCUGUAACUACUUUUCCUCCUGAUGUUAAUAAAAACCUGGUUACUAUUGGUUUUCUUUUGAACUCAGAAGUGCCUUUAAGUAAUUUGGAAAAAGGUCCAUUAGCAAAUGACCCUAAAGCAAAAAGUUUUCAAGAAUUUUGGGGAGAGCAAUCAGAAUUAAGAAGAUUUCAAGAUGGGUCUGUAAGGGAAGCUGUUUUCUGGCCUGCAGUAACCGUUGCAGAUAAAAGAGAAGUUUUUUGUACAAUACUGAAAGAUAUUGUUGAAAGGCAUUUUAAAAUACCGAAGACAGAAGUUACAAUAAAUGGUGUUGAAACUGAAUGCGUCUUGAAAUUGCCUGACAUUAUUUUUGCCAAAGAAUUUUCUGCAUACGGCACUGGUGAAGAAUCUCUCACAAAAUUGAUGCAAUCAUUCAACAGCUUAUCUAAAGAACUUCGGAGUUUAAAACUUCCUUUACUUAUUGCAUCAAUACAAGGAGUAUCACCUGCUUUUAGAUUUACUGAUGUAUUUCCUCCUCUUUCCAUAAUCCAUAAAGUAGAUAGUUCCGUAUGUUAUGUCGAUGGGCAAGUUAUGAAACUGAAAAAAGAUUUCUCUAAAGUGCCACUUUACAUUCCUGCUUUAAAAGCUGUUCUUCACUUUGAAGGUAGUGGGAAGUGGCCAAAUGAUGUAGAGGCUUUGAAGAGAGUGAAAGCUGCCUUUCAAGUAAAGAUUGCUGAGCUGGCUAAAUCCCAAUGUUCCUUAAUGGCAAUUCCAUUUGUUACUCAUACAGAUAUAUUUAAAGAUGGUUUUGUCUUCCGAUUUGAAGUGGCUUGUCAUAAAGAAAUUAACUUGCAGAAACAAAUUCAGUCACCAGAUGGUAGCAUAAAAAUUAAAGACACCAAAGAAUCACUGAAGUUAGAAAUAUCAACUAAAAUUCUUCCCAAAUUGAAUAGCAUUCUUCAUGGGCUUCACCAACAACACAACAGCUAUGGUACUGCUUGCCGAAUUGCAAAAAGAUGGAUUUCCUCUCAAUUGAAACAUAAAUUCAUUGAUGAUCUCACAAUAGAACUCAUUGUUGCAUCUCUUUACGUUCAUCCUGAACCAUUCACAUGUCCAAACUCUCCACAAACAGCAUUUAUUCGUUUCUUGUCGUUAAUAAUUACUCACAACUGGACAGCAGUUCCUCUGAUUGUUAAUUUAAAUCAUGAAUUAACGGCUGAAGAUAUAGAAGAAAUAAAUUCAAAUUUUACUUCUCAGAGAUCUACUCUUCCACCCAUGGUUAUCAUCACUCCAUUUGAUAAAAAAGGCAACAUGUGGACAAAAAACAAGCCUCCACCUGUCAUUCUUAAAAGGAUAAUAAUGCUUGCUGAAGCAAGCUUAAAUACUUUGAAAGAAGCUUUCCUUAACUGCAAAUCUUUUGACUGUAAAGUGUUAUUUAGACCACCUUUGCAUAUGUUUGAUGUAAUAAUUCAUCUAAAAAGAAAAGAAAUUCCUAAACUUAGUUAUGCAGUUGAUGUAAAAACAAAUGACCCUUUCCCAUUAUUUGAGCCUUAUCAAUCUAACAUCAAUGAAGUCUAUCCAAUUGUUGAGUUUGAUCCUGUGCAACAUUACCUAGAAGAACUUAUUGAAAAUUUCGGUGAUUUGGCUGUUUUUCUAAAUGAUUCAUAUGGAGGUGAUUUCAUUACUGUCAAAUGGAAAUCAGCUGCUUUUUAUCCCGAAAAUGCCAAAACCAGCCAUGGCUGCAAAUUGGUUCCAAAUGUAGAAGAGAUCCUAGAAAACUUCAAAAUCUUAGGUGAGGGACUUGUAGAAAACAUAGAAUGCAAAACAGAAAACUGGCAGUUACCUUAAUGUGUUGCUGACUACCUGUAUAUAUUUUAUGUACAAAAUAUUUUUUUUUGUUAUGUCUUUUUUAAUGAAAUAAAAAAUAUAUUGUUUUAAAAGAAUA